AUGGCCCUCACGUUUCUGCUCCUCCUGGCAUGUAUGAUGCAGGGCGCACUGGGGAUCCACGUGAGGCAGCCCCAGGUAGUGCUUCCCCGCGCAGCCACGAGCAUUCAAGGCGCACACCAACGAGGCAUGGGGAAGCUUCUUUUUUUAAGCACCCCAAGUAAUUACCAUCGUGUGCACCUUCACCAAAAUCGAAUGGAAAACAAAAAGGAGACAAGUCCGGAAGAACAGGACGCGCCAACAUUUGAUGAAUAUUUUAACAAGCGGGCAGAGGAGGACUACACCAAGUUAGAAGCGGAGAAGCUUAAAAUAAUGAAGGAGAAUGCCAACACGUAUAGGGGAGAAAUUAGGAAGGUACUUGAGCGAAGUUACAAAAGCGAAUACGAGAAAUUGCUCAAGGAGGAGAAGGAGGAUGAGGAGGUGAGCGGACAGGUGCACGAAAAUCUCAAGAUAACGUUUCUUAUGAAGGAGAACAUAAACAAUUUUCUGUUCACGCGGUACAGCUAUAUGAUCAACCGGCUGAAGGAGCAGUCUGCUAUUUUGAAGAGCCUGCGCGGGCGAGCGCCGGGGGCCACCACGGAGCAGGACUCCAAAGUGGGCAAGUGUACCGAGGAGCACCCCACCGAGGGGGUGACCUCCGAGGAGAAUACUUCCGAGGGGAAGAGCGUCGAGUGGAAGAACGCCGAUGGAAAGUGUACCGAGUGGAAGGCCACCGAGGAAAGUGCCCCCCUCGAGUCCGUACAAUUCUUCAGACCGCAAACGGGCUUCGCCCAAGGGAGCUGCGCCGAGGCCAGGAAUUGCUCCACCUUCAGUGACCAUAUCUUUGCCAACGCCAAGUUACUGUUGGGCACGAAGAAGGACGCAUCAGUUGGGUCAUUGUACACAUUGGACCAGGAGCAAGACAACCAGAAGGAGGCAAUGAAAGAAGAGGACAACCCCAUGUCGGGGAGCCUCACAGAGGAAGAUGAAAGCGAACAAAAGCUAUUCUCAAGAAGCAACGUAUCCGCCCUAGAGCUCUUCAAAAAUAACGUGAACACAUUCCUCUCUUAUAAAAAGGAAAACAUAAUAAAAAAUAACCUGCAUGAAAGUUUACUCUACGGAAGAGUGAAGGUCCACUGGUUCCCCAAAUUCAUGAAAAGGAUCAUUUCGAAGUUGUCUGAUUAUAUAAAAGUGAGUGAUGUGAUUGUGGAGGUCAGAAAUGGAAUCAUCCCUUUCGUGUUCGACGAUUUGCACGCACUAGAUAUUUUUAAUUUUAGGACCAACAAGCCAAGAAUAAUUGUUUAUACAAAUUGUGAUCGGUCUUCCAUCAAAGGGAAUGAAGAAUGGGGGAGCUACUACAGGAGGAAACUUUUCUGGUACGAUAAAAACUUCAAUAAAAAAGUAGAAAAUAAAGAAGGCAUGCAAAAUCAACUCAAAAAAAGCGCCGUUAUAUUUGUGGAUGCGAAAAAUGGCAAGAAGGAAAUUAUUGUGUUAAAAAAAUUAAUUAACAGAUUAUGUCAUCAUGUGAUUGAAAGGAAAAAAAAAAAAGGUCUCCACAACUAUAAAGUGAAAUGCAUUUUUAUCGGGUUACCCAAUGUCGGCAAGUCAGCUCUUAUUAAUCGUUUGCUCGAGGUGAAAAAGACCAAGUCGUAUGACUACCCAGGUCUUACCACGAACAUACAAAUGUAUUCUACCAAAAAGUACGAACUGAUUGAUACACCUGGAAUUUUAGCACCCAAUCUUUAUACACUAAGGGAGAGAGUGAUCACAAGUAAGAAUGCUAUACUAGAUAAAAUUUAUAAUCGCCAUCCUAGUGAUGAUAACAGUACCGGCAAUAACGUCGUUCAUAUUCGAAACUACAAUAGUUACAUGCACGUGGAAAAUAACAUUUACCUGCUUGCUCUUUGCAACCACAUAACUCCAAAAAUGUAUGACAUAUACAACGUCGCGGAGACGCUCCUACAAAACUUCCACAGUGCUUAUGUUUACGACAAUGAAUAUGUGGACAUGGCCAAAAUUAUCAAGCGCUAUCAAAUUAGUUUCACAGACUGUGUGGACUUUGAGGGGAAAUUCAGCGCCUACCACUUCAUUCAGCGCUUGGCGCGGGAUCGUUUCCACAAUGACUUGAACCAAGCCUCUAUGCGCCUUGUCACGGACUUUCGCAAGGGAUACCUAGGUCGCAUGACACUCAGCUACCCUCUCUACUUCAAUCGGCGUUCCAUUCGCCUCCGCGUGGCUCAGCAAUACAUACGCCAACCCGGCGACCGCUACGUGGGUUGGUAA